UGUUCAAAUCAAACUCAUCUACACUAAAAACUCCGUUUCUUAACUGCCGCCGUCUACAGUAAACACUUAAACCCCUCUUUUCUAACGCACCGGCUGUUUGAAAAUGUCCAACGAGGUCGAGUCCGCGCAGGUUAGCGACGCCACGGAGGUGACGCAGCUGAGUAGCUCGGCAGGAAUGGAGAGCCACGCCGGUUCCUGCGACGAGGAGAUCCCGUUACAGCUUCUAAAUGACGCCGUCCGGUCAUUGCCUUAUCACGUGGUCAAGGACCUUCUGUCUAUCGGGGUGUGCUCGAGAUGCGUCCUACGGAUAUUCGGCACCGAGGACCAUAUUUAUUGCCAUCCAUUGCUAUCACAAUCGAUGAUCCGUUCAAUUCUUGAAGAAGUAACUGGUUUUAAAUCAGAAGGCGAUUUUCAAUUGUGCAGCGUUUGCUUGGGUAUAUUACAGUUCAGUUAUUGCGAUGGCAAAGAAGAGAUGGUGAAAAUGGAGAGUCCAAACGAUAUGGCUUCCACCAUUUCGGAGUUAGUGAAAACAGAGGGCCAUCAAAUUGAUGGAUUUUCUCUAGAAGUUUCCGUUCCACAACUUAUUUUGGAAAACGAAUCCUCGCUGUUGUUAGGUAUGAAAAAGAGAGAUGGAUCAGAGCCAUGGUUUCAAGAAAGAGUGCUUUCCAAAUGUGUCUCUGUGAAGGAUGUUCUGAAAAUUGCUAUAACGAAACCCCUUGAAACAUUGUUGGAUGUUAAAUCUACUAGUUCAGGCUGUUUCCGGAUCCGUUUGACUUACACUCAUAAAAGAGCAUCGGAUAACUAUGUUGAGAAGAAUCAGGGAUUCAAAAGGCGAAGAAUAGGCACUGGGAAUGGGUUGCACAAUGUAAAUGAUGAAACAGUGAUUACGAGUAAAGUUUGUUCUGAUUAUUCUACCAAUGAAACAACUUCUGUUACUGGAAGAUCUUCUAAUAUUUUGCAAGAUCAAGAUCCUUCUGAACACUUUAGAAUGCCCAUAGAUAAGGUCAGUGAACCUUGCCAUUUGGUAUACCUUUGCUACAGGACACAUAUUUAUCUAUGUGGUAGAUAUCUGAAGUACUCAAGGAAUGUGAGUCAAACACGCUGGAUAAUUGAUGAGGAAAGGAUGGGAGAAGCAUCUGUAGAGGAGGUUAUAGGUAGCAACAUCCUUCCUAUGUGUCGGGGUGAUAAUUACAAGUUUCAUGCUGCUGGCAGAGAAGAUAUUGAUGUUCGAAUGUUGGGUUCAGGCAGGCCUUUUCUGCUUGAGAUACAAAAUGCCCGCCAAGUACCAUCCGAGGAAACCAUUAAGGAAAUCGAAUUAAAGAUAAAUUGUUUGGAGAAUAAACUCGUUGGAGUUAAAAAUCUUAAAGUAGUAGGCAGUCAGGGUUGGACACUGAUGCGUGAAGGAGAAGCUGAGAAGCAGAAGCAGUAUUGUGCAUUAGUGUGGAUUUCUCGUCCACUUGAAGAUGAGGAUGUGCAAUCAAUAUCAUUGCUUAAUGACAUGCAAAUUCUGCAAAAGACCCCAAUACGGGUGCUUCAUCGUAGAAGUCCAUUGGAACGCCAGAAAAUUAUACAUUGGAUGAAGAUUGAGAGGAUUGCUGGAAGCUCUCAAUAUUUUCUUUUGCAUCUUUGCACCCAGGCUGGAACUUAUAUCAAGGAAUUUGUUCAUGGUGAUUUUGGGCGCACCCAGCCUAGUAUUGGAUCAAUUCUGGGAUGCAGAGCAGAGAUUAUGCAGCUCGAUGUUACAGACGUGAAAAUGGAUUCUUUCUGACUGAAAGAGGCGGAAGACACACUCCUAUAUCCAGGGACCAGUGAUACACUACGCAUCAAGUUUGUCAUAUAGUGUGGAUUAUCAAGGCGUGUUGCUGUUUUCGCCCCUCUUCUGAAUUGAAUUAUUCUGAGCCUUUCGGUUUCUCUUUGAUCCCUUACGUUUUGACUAGUGUGAAACAUACGUUAUUAUAGAAGGUUGGCAUCCAAAAGCAAAUGCUUUCAUGUUGCUUCGCCCUGCCUCUAUUUUGUGGGAAAAUAUUGCCUUGGG